AACUCAAACUAUCCUAUCAUCUUCUUCUUCUUCUUCUCGUCCCUGCCACCUGCGCAGGUUAAGCAGACAAGACAUACAAUACACACACAUGAUGGAUACACGUUUCGUUUUGUUUCUUGGUUUGAUCUGCACCAUUGUCGCCGGCGUUGGAGGGCAAGGGCCAUCCACCUCCCCAACGACCUCUCCUGCGCCGCCCACACCCACCACUCCCCAAGCCUCUCCGCCUCCUCUUCAAUCUUCUCCGCCACCCGCUCAGUCUUCACCGCCACCCGUUCAGUCUUCUCCGCCACCUGUUCAGUCCUCACCUCCACCUGCCCAGUCUCCACCUCCGGCCUCCACACCUCCACCUGCAGCGAGCUCUCCUCCCCCCCCCCCUCCACCCCCCCCACUCCCCCCCCCCGGCCUCCACACCUCCACCUGCAGGGAGCUCUCCCCCCCCAGCCUCUCCACCACCCUCAUCUCCUCCUCCGGCGAGUCCACCCCCCGCAUCCCCUCCCCCGGCAACUCCACCCCCUGCUUCUCCUCCUCCAUUUUCACCACCACCUGCAACUCCCCCUCCAGCCACUCCUCCUCCAGCAGUUCCUCCACCUGCAUUGACCCCAGCGCCUCUGUCUUCUCCUCCGGCCACUUCUCCAGCUCCUUCUCCUACCAAGCUCAAUGCCCCAGCACUCUCUCCUACUCCUACCUUAGCUCCGGGUCCCAGCCUCUCCACCAUCUCUCCCUCCGGUGAUGAUAGUGGGGCUGAGAAGUUGUGGUCCAUUCAGAAGAUGAUUGGGAGCUUAGUAUUCGGAUGUGCUUUGCUGGCCUUGAUGUUCUAGAGAUCUCGAUCUGUCUUCAGACUGCAGAUUUUUCUGCUAGCUGAUCCAUGUUAUUUUGUUAAUUACCUUUAUAUAUUAUUUUGUGGAUGUGAUAUGGGAGUUUAUUACUGUAUUUCGAUUAUAUACAUUGCUUGCAUUCUUGGGAGAUUUGAGGGGAGGUUUUGUAUUCCAGGGCAGUUAUUUUGUAUGGCACUAUUAUUAGUUUAUUGAUCGUUGCAUUUGAGUAUUUUCUUCCA